AAACCAAUCGCGCGCCGCGGCAGCAGCCGGCUUAAACUGCUCACGGAGCGGCUUCAGCGGCUCUCCACCAUGGCCGGGUCCUUGCACAGCAGCGCGGCGGAGCGCGUCGGCUACAUCACCCGCCUGCAGAGCUUCAGCGCCUGCCACCGCCUGCACAGCGUUCACCUGAGCGACGAGGAGAACGCAAAGGUUUAUGGGAAGUGCAACAACCCCAACGGUCAUGGACACAACUACACAGUGGAGGUCACCGUCCGGGGAAAGAUUGACCGCGUGACCGGGAUGGUCAUGAACCUUACAGACCUGAAGAGGUGCAUCGAGGAGGUCAUCAUGAUUCCUCUGGACCAUAAAAACCUGGACAAGGACGUUCCUUACUUUGCCACUGUUGUGAGCACCACAGAAAACCUGGCUGUUUACAUUUGGGACAACAUGGUGAAGGUCCUUCCCCCCGGUCAGCUCUAUGAGAUCAAGAUUCAUGAGACGGAUAAGAACAUCGUCGUCUAUCGGGGAGAGUAAACUCUGCUUUCGCCGCCGCAGAAGUGCUUCGGAUCUGUUUGCUGACUCAUCCCGGCUGCUAACUCGGGCAAAAAAAAAAAAUCCUUUUUUAAAAUUAUUUUUUUUGAGAUCCACAUCAUUUACAUUCCAAUAAUUGUGACACAAACCCAAUGUUUUAUUUAGUAAUUCUGCAAAUACAGAAAAUGAACUCUGUGUUUACAUCAGUACUGAGGCAGGGGGCGCUGUGACUCACAGACAGAGUUCCUGCCUCUGUAGGUUUCCAAGAUGGAAAACAAUAAAGUAUUUAUUGAUUCUGCAUCUUCCUGUCAGUUUGCGGGACUCCAUGAUUGAGAACAGUUCGGUCCGGUGCUCAUUUCUCUGAUUUUUUUUUUUGUGUUCACAAAUAUUUACAAGUCUACAAAGACUUGUAGCCCAAUCCAGGUCCUUUUUUUGGAGCGAUCCGCAGAGGUAGUAGGGCUGCUAUUGGUUCUUGUUUUAGACUGUUUCCCUCAAAGAGCUUUCUUUCACUGUCGAUGACCUUUGUCUCCCUGUGACCAAAAGCCUCUGCUGAACAUUGGAUGAAUGUAAUUUUCUCUGGGCUCAUCCCAGUCCUCUGUAAUAGCGCUGCUUUUGAGUGCUGUUGAGCUUAAAUGACCUGUUGAGCUCUCAAGCUUUUUCUGUCUUGUUCAGACGCCAAUAGUUUCCAUUUCUUUCUUUAAACCUGUCAUUUCCGUUAAUAAAAAUGCUGUGAUGUUGUG